AUGUGCGCGUGCUGCAGAAUCAUUCCAUGCGCUAAUGAUGCUGAUAAUGCGGUUCGUAGCAGUUUAGUACUUCAUCCAGUUCUGCUGCUGUUAGUAUUGUCUCCAAUUUAUGAGGCCCUGCCGGACGUGUCCUUACCAAUGAAUACAACUGAUGAAAGUGGUGCCAUGGUGAAUCAGGGUACGGCAAAGUUGACAUUCCACGAGGUGCACGGCACUAAUAUUCAACUUCUUCAUAAUGGACGUGUAGCGAAGCGUAAAGAAUCGUUCUGUAAGGGCCUUGCGUUUAGUAGUAGACCGAUCGCAAUCGAUGAGCAAGUUUGUAUUCGUUUCGUUGAAGUGGUCACCAACUGGUCAGGUGUACUCCGUUUUGGUGUCACAAAUGUUGAUCCUUCAACAUUUCGUGAUGUUGAGUUGCCGAAGUUCGCAUGCCCUGAUUUAACUUCGAAAACUGGGUAUUGGGCGAAGGCAUUGCCAGAGCGUUAUUCUGUGGAAGGCUCCAUUCUGCAUUUUUAUGUAACUGCUGAUGGUGAACUAUAUUAUGGAAUAAAUGGCGUCUUGAAGGGAUUGUUCUUUAGUGGUAUUAAUGUUUCGCUACCAAUAUGGGUGAUUGUUGAUAUAUACGGCAAUAGUUCAUCGUUGGAAUUUGUUGAUCCAAAUGAAGCACGUAUUCGUACAUCAUCAUCAAAUCGAACGAUGUUCAGUAAUACAAAUACAAGGCUACUUGCUGCUCGCAAUAAUCUUUCAAAUAGUACCAACAACAACGCUGUCAAUAAUAAUAAUAGCAAUAGCAACCGUUCAUCAUCUAAUCCUUCGUCAUCUACGAGCAAUCCAUUAUCAAACACAUCAACCAUAUCAGCAUUGGUUUCGAAUAAUAACAACAAUAAUACAAAUCAAAAUAAUGUGAAUAUGACAAUUAACAAUAUGUUAUCAUCAUCCACUGCACCAAAUGCUCGUAUACUACGUACAGGCGCUGGUAAUAACGUUUCAUUGCAAAAUGGUACCUCUUCAUCCAGUUCACAUAUACCGCUACCUUCAUCCAAAUACCACGCAGGUGUUGUAUUCACGCCACUGACAUUUCAUUCAGUGCGAGGUAAGCAUAUAACACUGAGACAGAACUAUACGGUAGCCGAACGUUAUACGGGUGAAUAUGCUUGCGGAUACGUCUUCACAUCUAGGCCACUCACAUUCAACGAGAAAAUAGUUAUCCAGAUAAUUAACGUUGAGAAUGCAUAUACGGGUAGUUUAGCAUUUGGCUUAACUUGUUGUGAUCCAGUGAAUAUACAGUCGUCAACGUUACCAGUUGACAGUGACGAUCUGCUGGAACGUCCUGAGUAUUGGGUGGCUAUCAAAGACGUGGCAGCACAACCGAAGCCCACAGAUGAAUUAUCAUUUUGGAUUACUGAAAGAGGUGAAGUAUAUUUUUCAAAGAAUAACGCACCAGCAGCUAUAAUAAUGUACGUUGAUACUGAAGUGAAAUUAUGGGCUUUCUUCGACGUUUACGGUUCAACGCAACGAAUUCGUCUCCUUGGGUCGGUGAAGAUUGGAAGUGGAACACAAGAAGCAACACAACGUGUACCCGUAUUACCGUCAACUUCGAGUGUACUCCCGUCGUCGUCGAGUGCACGUUCAGGUUGUGGGCAAUCACAACAGCAACAAGCUCCAUCACAUCGAAGAGGAGUGACAGGUUUACAACAGACAGCCAGAGGAGGAGCUCCACCGCAACCACCACAACAUAAAACAUCAUUGGAUUUAACCUCGUCAUUGAGAGCUACUGGUGUAAGACUAGAAGACUUAUUGGCAGUUGAUGGUACGGACGGAGGGGACGCAGCAUCUGGUACAAUUCCACGUCCUCCAGUGCAUCGUGUACCAUCAAAUGUAUACAAUAAUCUUCCUAUAGGAGGAUCGUCAUCAUCCACUGGCAACAAUAGUAAUAGUAACAGUGCAGCAACAAUCAGACAAGCACAACAGGCGCAACGAUACGAUGUGCAUCAACCUCAGCUACCAAGAAGAACAUUUGAAGAAAGUGGUGCAACUCCAGCCGUCUUAGAUCCUUUUACUUCUUUGAGCAUCACUCCUGCAUCAACAAAUCAACAGCAAUUGUCCUCAACGAAUCAAGAAUUGCGUUGGCAUCAGCCUUCUUCAGAUCCAUCUUUAUUAGGUAUCUUCGACAGAUUUGACAGGCCGUCCACGAGUCUUCUCAGAUCUACACCACCACCACCACCGCCACCGCCGUUACCUGCCAGGAAUUCACCGAUCGGUUUGUUAUCAAAUCGCCCCAUCUCGUUAAUCUCAACAUCAAGCACAAAUAUCAAUCAGCAACCGCCCUCUCAAUUGGGCACGGCAGCAUCAAACCGAAGUUUGUCAUGUGGUGAAUAUGAGGAUAAUGGUGACGACGAAUGUAAAAUAUGCAUGAGCGCUAAGGCGAUUCUUUUACAUGAUACCAGUGCUGUCAUGAUUAUCAUCAUUGAUCUUAUAAUUCAGGUGAAUUGUGCUAUUUAUAAGUGCGGUCAUACAUCAAUGUGUUACGAAUGUGCAAUGUAUACAUGGCGCGAACGUGGUGAAUGCCCAAUUUGUCGCAAGAAAAUUAAUGAUGUGAUCAAAAUUUAUCGUUCUUAA